AUAAAAGAAGAAGAGCGAAGCCACAAAUUUUAAUUUCGCCCAACUUUUCAAAUUGAAGCUACGGGUCGGGUUAGCAACGGGGGAGCAUCCAAAGAUCCACUGCAAAAACAAUGGAUGGGCAAAAUUCGGAUGACUCAAAGCAAAGCACUGCUGAUAUGACUGUUUUUGUGCAAAAUCUUCUUCAACAAAUGCAAUCUAGGUUUCAAACAAUGUCUGAUUCCAUUAUCACCAAGAUCGACGACAUGGGAAACCGUAUAAACGAAUUGGAGCAAAGCAUCAAUGACCUAAAAGCAGAGAUGGGAGUGGAGGGCACUUCAUCUCCGUUAGACCCAUCGAAGCAAAAGUCAGACGAAGCAAAGCAAGAUGAAGGGUCAGCAUAAAACUUCGCCAGAAACUACCACUUGCAGUUGAUUAUGAUUGUAUUAUCUGGUUUGUUUUUGAGACGAACUAAAUAUAUUGUCAAGAGAGGGACAUUACUGAGAGUCCCCCCUUUCCUUUUUUAGUUGUACUAAGUAUGUUUCAUCUGUGAAACUGUGAGAAAAAAAGAGUUAUCUCCCUUGAAACACCAAUAGAUGCACUGGUUGUUUGGCGAAUUAUAGAGGGAAUUAAUGAAAAUAUGAUAUUGUUGUUAAGUAA